AUGAGCCAUCUCUACGCGGCCACAAGCUCAAUCACUAAGUGGGGCAACACAGGCAAAUGCCAUCAGUGCGAUCGGGUGACUGAGCAGAUGUACUUGGUCCGCUACCAGGUCAACAAGAACUGGAUCACCAACACUAUUUGCUACAAUUGCGCCCGCUCAGUCUGCACUACGAACGAUUUCGCCAGUGGGAAGAUAUUUCUCACGGAUGCCAAGUUCAAGUGUCCGGCUUCCAGUUGCGACAAGACUGCCUUGUCUUUCUGGGACUUCAUUUACGCAACUUGCUGCGACACCGCCUUUAAGGCAAAAUACAGUGUCAACUUAUCCGAAAUCAACUGCAAAGAAAAGGUCGACUAUGCCAACUUCGCCAAGGUGCUUCAGACUCUUGAAGUCGUGGAGAAGGAAGAGCUUGCUACUGAUGAGGCUGUUGAUGUUGCCGACAAGCAGCUAAAAUCGGCCGCUUUGAGGCAGAGAAUAGUGCACGAACAACGGGAAAAGAUCAAGGCACGCGUUGCUGAGACUUUUUUUGACGCUGGACAAACGCUCGGACUCGGAAAACUAAAAAUGCAAUCGAAUGGAAAUGUGGUGAAGCAAAAGUCAGAUACGCGAUUUACUUGCAACAUCUGCAAGAGUGAUUACAACAAAGGGAAGAAGUGGGAGAGUGCUCCACGCUGCGGACAUCGAGCAUGCAUGGACUGCCUGAAGAAAAUCGAGAAUAAGCUCUGCCCUGAAUGCAAGAAACCAUUUACUCAUGACGAGAUCAUCAAACUUGUUAGUGAAGCCCGCGAUCAGAGCACUGGCGAGGAUGUCAUAAUCAAGGGCUUCCUUAUCUUAUCCCCGAAGCAAGCUACUGAGGCAAGACAAGAGGCGGAAGUGCUGAAAAAACUCGAUCAUGCCAAUAUCGUCAAAUUUAUCGAUUUCCUGGAUGAGGAGCAGCCAGAAUGGGCUACGAAUACGUUUUCCUUUAUUGUUAUGGAGAACUGCUCUGGCGGAAGCUUAGUCGACUGGGUUGAGCGUCGUAAAGAAGCCAACAAGCCAACGUCGCCUGACGAAGCAGCUCUUAUUGGAGCCCAGAUGGUUUCGGCACUGAGCUUCUGCCAUGAAAAAAAGCAGAUACACCUGGACCUUAAACCGGCAAAUGUAUUCAUACUCGCGGAUGACAUCACGAUAAAAAUCGGAGACUUUGGUAGCGCAGCAACCGUAAACUCAGUAGCGCUCACUCACACCGCUGAAAGCAGUGAUCCAGUCGCCUUUACAAGGAUCUACGCGAUCCCAGAAGUGUUCAGCAACGACGACUACUCAAAAUCGCCAAGGAUGGAUGUCUGGGGUUUUGGGCUCAUACUACAAGAAGUUAUAACCCUCGAACAUGCUUUUGGUCGCGACAAGAAAGGCCACAAAAUAAGCAACCUUGUUGUUAUCAUAAAUAACAUAAUGAACGGAGUCCGUUCUUCAAUUAGCGAUGUUCUUCGCAAUCAUGCAGAGUUCGAGGAGUUUGAGCCAGUGCUUGAUAAAUGCCUUUCUUCAAAGAAAAUUGAUCGUCCGAAGAACAUGAUUCUGUUGCGGGAAGAACCAGUUUUCGCGAAAUUCCUGACAAAAAUUGAGGAUGGAGAGAAACCGACAGAUAUCAUGGUGCGAAGUGCACCGGAGACCGUUCAAUUAGAAGUCAAGCGGCUCAGGCUCCAAAAUGCUGAUAAAGAUCAGAAAAUUCACGAGUUGGAAGAAAGAGUGAAGAGUCUUCAGACGCAACUGGAACGACGACAGCAAAAUAUAGAGUCAAAAUAUGAAUCUGGAGACGAAUCUCAGCCCGAGGAAAAUUCAUCUGACGAAGAGGAGACACCAUCUCCUCAUCUCCAAAACGAGAGAGACUUGAUAAAUCAGUUGGGAAGUAUCGAUGGCGCUGGCCAUUUCUUUCAAAAUGACAAGGCAAAAGAAUCCGGUGGAGUCCGAUCUGGGAUGAAAGAAGACGAACUUUGCAAUAUCAUAAAAUUGCUUGACGCGGGAGUCAGAGAAAUCAAUGUUAAGUUUACCUGCGAGGAUGAAUGGAAAAUUGCAUAUUCCGGAUGGCAGCUACAGUUUAACACAGUUAUAAACACUGGGGAUCUCGCAGAAGAUGGUUGGUAUCUUUUCUGGGUCGGAAAGAAAGACAAGCCUAUGCCAUUCAAAGUGAUUGCGCAAGAAAUCUGCUACGAAACUGGGAAAGAAGAAAAUCACAAAGUAAUUAAAAGUAACGGGAAGCUGCCUAUUAGAUACAAGAGUACAACCGACUUCUAUUUUGUUCGAUUCAAUAUCUCGUUUUUGGAAUAA